AUGAGUCAGCAUAUCAAAACGGGGCAUCUUCGGUACUUUUAUAAGGGUUUAUUAUCAAAGAAAUGGAAAGAUUAUUAUUUUGUUUUAUUUGAUGAUUCAACAUUACAAUGGUAUGAAAAACAAAGUGAUCGAAAACCUGAAGGAUCAGUACGUAUUCGUACUAUAGCACAAAAUCUUUGUGUUGGACCAUAUACAAGAUGUUUAUCUAAUCGACCAUCACUUCCUCGACCAACUGAUGAAGCUAAUCUUAUUGCUUUACCACGAUCUACAACUGGACAUCAUGAUCAGGAAAUUAUAUGGAUUCUUUGUAAUGAUGUUACACAUCUUAAUGAUUGGAUGAAAGCAAUUGUAUCUACAUUACCUCCUCCACCUCAACAAGCUCAGCCACCACCUUCUCAACAGCAAGGCAAUUCUGGUGGACCUUCUGCUCCUCCAUCAUCAGGUCCUCCACCUCCUUAUUCAUCAUCAUCAGGUUCCUAUCCUCGACCACAACAACAACCACAAUCAAUGUAUCCUCAAUUGAACAGUAAUCAACCACCACAACAACAACAAUAUCGUCCACCGUAUGGUGGUACUGGUUCAUCAAGUUAUCAACAACCCGCUUAUGGUGGUGGUCAUACAACAGUAGUCGUACAACCUUCUCCCACCUAUGUUACUGGUGGUGGAGGAGGCGGCUAUGGUGGUUAUGGAGGAGGUGGCGGAAGCUCAUUGGGUGGUGUCGGAUUAGGUUUAGCUGGUGGAGCACUACUUGGUGGUGCUCUUGGUUACGCAUGGGGAGGCGGAUUCGGUGGUGGUCAUGGAGGUUGGGGUUAUGGUAUGGGACACUCUGGAUAUUACGGAGGCGGUGGUUAUGGUGGAUGGGGUGGGGGUAAUGACACAACUGUCGUUAACAACUAUUAUGAUAAUGAUACAACAAAUAAUUACACGAACGAUACAACAAAUAAUGAUUAUUCAGCUUAUAAUGAUACAAACAAUUAUAAUGAUCAACAAUCGGACAGUUUUCAAUAUGACACCAAUGAUAAUGGUGGAAAUAAUGAUUAUGGAGGUGGUGCAGAUUAUGGCGGUGGUGAUAGUUUUGGUGGUGGAGAUUAUGAUGGUGGAGAUUUCGGUGGUGGUGGUGGAGAUGAUUUUGGCGGUGGAGGAGAUUUUGGUGGCGGUGAUUUUGGAGGUGGAGGUGGCGACUGGUAA